UGCUAUAUAGAGCUAGUGCCCGCCUCUCUCCCUCCCUUUCCCGCUGUAGGAAUUCAUCGUGCCUAAGGUGCUUGGUUCUUCACCAGAAGCUAAGGUCCUCAAUCCGGCGACUAGCACCGUCAAAAUUAGGCAUCCAACGCCACAGUUAUAAAAUAAAACAUCUACAAUGGCUUCUGUGUCCGAGCUCGCCUGCAUUUACUCUGCUCUGAUCCUCCACGACGAUGAAGUCGCCGUCACCGAGGACAAGCUGAAUGCUCUGAUCAAGGCUGCCGGAGUCUCUGUGGAGCCCUUCUGGCCAAGUCUCUUCGCCAAGGCCCUGUCCAGCAUCGACAUCGGCAGCCUGAUCUGUAACGUGGGAGCCGGAGGCGGCGCUCCGGCCGGAGUUCCGGCUGCAGGAGGAGCCGCUGCCACUGGGGACGCUCCAGCUAAGGAGGAAAAGAAGAAAGAAGAGAAAAAGGAAGAGUCUGAAGAGUCAGAUGAUGACAUGGGCUUUGGUCUCUUUGAUUAAGCAGUGCUGUUUUUCUAAAAACACAAUAAAAAAACAAAAACUGAUUACUGAA